AUGCAACGGAGCAUCAAAGCAGAAGAAACAGAUGAUUUAGCAAAGCAAUUCACUAUUCAGAUGAUUCAACAAAAUGAAAAACAACGAGAAGAAUUAAAGGUUGAGUGGGUUAAAGUUGAAAAGAAGGAAAAGAGAAAAGAGACUAAAGAAGAAGAAAAGAAAAUCCAAGAGAUUGAAGAAGAAUUUGGGAUAACUAAAGGAAGGUUUAAAUUUAAAAAAACCGAAAAGAAAAGAGAAGGAGAAGAAAGAAUAGGAGGAAAGAAAGACAAAGAGAUAAUUAAUAAAAAGAAAAAGACAGAAGAAAAUAAAAGAAUAGACGAAGAAAUAAAAGAAAUUGAAAAGAUGAUAGAAAAAAUGAAUAACAAAUAA